CCUCUAUAAAUAUAAGUGAAAAUGAUUGCUCAAAAUAUAUUAGCAACAAUGUCUUUCUCACAUAUGUUUACUGCUUUUCUUUUCUCUUUGAUUGUGUGUUUGGUCAUUUCUGAAUGUCACGCUGAUGUUAAUGCUAAUGCUAGCCAUAUAUCAAAAUUAGUGAUUGAUGCACGUACUAGAAGGCCUAUUCCAGACACAUUCUUUGGAGCAUUUUUUGAGGAAAUUAAUCAUGCAGGAGCUGGGGGAUUGUGGGCAGAACUUGUGGAUAAUAGAGGUUUUGAAGCAGGGGGUUCCAAUGUUUCAUCAAAUAUCAAUCCAUGGAUAAUUAUUGGAGAUAAUUCAUCAUCGAUUAUCGUAUCAACUGAUCGUUCAUCUUGUUUUGAGUGUAAUAAGGUUGCUUUACGUUCAGAUGUUCUUUGUCAAGGACAAUCAUGUCCACUUGGUGGUGUUGGUAUCUCCAAUCCUGGAUUUUGGGGCAUGAACAUUGAGCAAGGGAAAAAGUAUAAAGUGGUGUUCUAUGUUAGAUCACUUGGUCCUAUUAAUUUACAAGUUUCAUUUAUCGGAUCUGAUGAUGGAGUAAAAUUGGCUUCAACAAACAUAAGUGCUUUUGGAGUUAAUGUUACAAAGUGGAGUAGGAUGGAGACAAUUCUUGAAGCUAAUGGUACAAAUCAUAAUUCAAGUCUACAAAUAACAACAAGCAAUAGAGGGGUAGUAUGGUUAGAUCAAGUGUCAGCUAUGCCCUUGGAUACAUAUAAGGGUCAUGGUUUUCGAAGCGACCUUUAUCAAAUGGCGGCGGAUCUCAAGCCAAAAACUUUUAGAUUCCCAGGUGGUUGUUAUGUAGAAGGAGAUUAUCUGAGAAAUGCAUUUAGAUGGAAAGAUACAGUUGGACCAUGGGAAGAGAGACCUGGCCACUUUAAUGACAUAUGGAAUUAUUGGACUGAUGAUGGAUUUGGUUAUUUUGAGGGGCUUCAACUAUCAGAGGAUCUUGGUGCAUUCCCAGUGUGGGUGUUUAACAGUAUUAGCCAUCAUGAUGAAGUUAAUACGUCUGAUAUUUCACCAUUUGUGCAAGAAGCCCUAGAUGGUAUUGAGUUUGCUAGAGGUUCUUCCACAUCACAAUGGGGUUCUCUUAGAGCUUCCAUGGGACAUCCUGAGCCAUUUGAUUUGAGAUUUGUUGCCAUUGGAAAUGAAGACUGUCAUAAAUAUAACUAUCUAGGAAACUACCUAAAGUUCUAUGAAGCUAUAAAACAUGAUUAUCCUGAUAUUCAAAUUAUCUCAAAUUGUGACGGUUCUAUACAUCAAUUAGAUCACCCAGCAGAUCUCUAUGAUUUUCAUAUUUAUACAGAUUCUAAGGACAUGUUUUCCGAUUAUACCAAGUUCGAUAACGCACCAAGAUCCGGUCCAAAGGCAUUUGUUAGUGAGUAUGCUGUUUGGAAGGAAGAUGCUGGUGCUGGAAGCCUUUAUGCAGCUGUUGCUGAAGCUGCAUUUCUCAUUGGGCUUGAAAAGAAUAGUGAUAUUGUUAGCAUGGUUGCAUAUGCACCACUCUUUUUAAACACAAACGACAGAAAGUGGAUACCAGAUGCAAUUGUUUUUAACUCUUAUCAGAAUUAUGGAACUCCAAGUUAUUGGCUACAACAACUCUUUAUUGAAUCUAGUGGAGCAACAUUGCUUAAUUCAACUCUUCAAAAUUCUUCUAGCUCAAUUGUUGCAUCCGCAAUUGAGUAUAAAAAUUCUCAAGAUGGGAAGAAUUAUCUAAGAGUAAAGGUAGUCAACUUUGGAAAUGCCACUGAGAACUUCAUGAUUUCAAUAAAUGGUUUAAAUUCAAUUGUUCAAUCGUCUAAUUCAUCAAUGGUGGUACUUACGUCCUCCAAUAGAAUGGAUGAGAAUUCCUUCUCGGAGCCAAAUAAGGAUGCACAAACUGAACAAGCUACCACACAAGCUGCUGGCCUAAAUGCUGAUGCACAAGGUCCUACACAUGCUGCUGGCCUAAAUGCAACUGCACAAGCUCCUACAAAUGGUGCAAAUGCAGUUGAACAAGCUACCACAAUUUCUGCUAGAACAAAUGCAAUUGCACAAGCUGGAACAAAUUUGCAUUCAAAUGUGACUAACAUUGCUGCUGAACAGGGAAGCAAACAAAGCAAGAAGCAGACUGCUGCUGCUAUUAACAAGACUGCUGUUGUUAACAUUGCUGCUGUUAAUACUACCACAACCAACACAUCUGGUACAACUUUAGGUGGCAGACAUGUUGUUGGUGAGGUUUCAUUGUUCGUGCCAAGAAAGUCUAGAACCACAGGGGUUAAGAGGUCAAUUCGUGAGGUUGGAAAUGUUGGGACUCAACAAUCAGUGAACAAGACUUAACCUAUGAAAAAACAUGAUGAGAAUGAUGUUACUCUAAAUUAUAUUUUGGUUAUCUAAUGUAAUAUCAAGUACUCUUAAUUAUAUUUUGCUUAUGUUUAGGUUAAGUGCUCUAAAUUAGACUUAAUUAUCUUUUGGUGAUGUACUCUAAAUUUAAGUACUCAUAACUCUGU